CUAGCGUUGUUUUGCGUUUGAUGAAAAUUAAUCAGUCGACGACACAACACCUCACUAAAUCUGAGACGCAAGAACACCGGCUUGGUCUUCUGUACCGGAGUUGAUGCCUGAGAUGAAGUGAAAACACUUUUCGAAGCAAUUGUACCGUGCAUCAAAAAUCAGAUGUCGCAGCGUCACCCGCAACGUUGCUUCGUUGUUUGUCAUCUCCGCUAGCUUUGCUCAACUUGUUUCCGACAAGUCCGGAAGUACAUCAUCUCACGCGAGCGGGUAAACCUCCGCUAGGUCUUCCGGCGCCACCGCGUUCGCAUACGCGGUUUAUUCUUGCGAAGAGGCCUGGAGUGGAGUAGAAGUUGGAGUUGCUCACCAGGUAGUGCCUUACCACCAUCGCUCGCUGCCGUCCUGGGGGCCGGAGGCUGCAACCGCCAACCAUGGCCGCGUCCAGUAUGAUGGACGAUCCGGUGCAGACAGAAUCGAGGGAAAAGCUCGCACGAACGCUGUACUUCCUCGUGCGGUAUGCAAGGAUACGCUGCAACCAGCACAAGUUGAACUCGAAGGACUACAUAAAGUACAUUCAUUGGCUAUCAUGUUUUCUUCGCAAGUUUAUGUGUGGAGAAGAGUACUGCUUAUUCGUCAAACGUGAAGUAGAAGCAAUUUCCGGGACGGUAUAAUUCUCGUUCUCCCUUAGAAUUGAUUUCAUGCCAUGCCCAACAACAAACGUACAGGUGGCACCGGCUGUCGCAGCUGCUAGAGCGGAUCGAGACUAAUCUCCGCAGCGUGUGCCGCUUUCUCUGGUUCGGGACGUGCUUCCUUCGCCUAGUGGCACUGAGAAAGAGGAUAAAAUCGGGCGACUUGCUGUACUGUUUUUGCGUUGCGGUUUUUGGUGGAUAGGGAUAGGUCGUGAAAAUCGAUUUUAUGCCACGCGAGUGCAAGAUACGCUUGCAGGCAUAGAUAACUUUCAAGGUAAUAAGAUCAACAAAUUCAUCAAGUCUCAUACUCAUUUCAAACAGAACUUCGCUGGAGAUCGGGUACCGCAUGAUAAUGCUGGCGGACGAUGUCCUAGAGGAUGGCGUGACACUAAAAAGUGUCGUUCUUGGAGAGCAGCCUGCCGCGAGCUCCAGCACAGACAUCUGGGGUAAGUACGGAUGAAUGAAGUGUUUGUGUCGUCAUGCAGAUAAUUCUGCGAUUAUAACAAGAAAUAACAGAAGCCAUUUCAUCUUAUGUCAUGAAAAUGAUGGAUAAAAAAGACGAAAAACAAAAACAGGCUGCCAGCGCGGUACCUCGGAACAGAGACUAGGCUCUGCAGUGUGGUUCGUCGCGGUGGCGGCCAGAAUAGCGCUCAUAAAGCGAGCGGGGAUAGGUAGAUAUGUUUUACAGGAUGUGUCUAUUUCUCUUCUUUCCCACCCGUGGUCCGCAUCUGCAUCACGACAUGAAUUCGUAGUGGUCGCCCUGGUAGCACUUAGGUGCAACGACCACAGUUGCAAAAUACAAUAACUCAUUCUUCAAAACAACUGCACGACUCAACACAGGCGGCCUGGUCUCCUGGGCCCAGCUUGCAGCCGACGCUUUCUUGGCGACCGCGCAGCUCCAUGGGUCCUUAGUCUUGGAUAGACCGACUCCCAGUUCCCAUCUGGUCGUAGGCGGUUUCAGCAGUUUGUGCGCUGCGACACGGGCCUUGCAGAACAACCCAACACUGAAGAUGGAUGGCUGACGAGGGGGGCAAUGUGGCGGCGAAGGCAGUACAGACACUACUCCCGAAAUCGGCCACCGCGAUCUUCCAUGUUGAUCAACCUCCGUGGUCUGUGUUUCACGGUACAACAGAGGUCGCAGCUGCAGGGCAGUUCGUGCCGCAAUUGAGGUGAGCUGUCUCGGGGACGACAAGAAGUCUGUCAACCUCCUGGCCCUCUCUAGUCCAACCCUACGAGUACUACGGCGCUCAUCUGCGCGCAGCAGGCGGUGGAGCGACGGUGUCGCAACGGAGUUGUCAGCCCGAAUACUUUUUCUCUUUUCCACUUCUGAUCCCGACCGAAUUCUGCGUAUUCCGCAUUUUUUCUGCAGGUUGUUCAGGUGAAAAGUUGUACUUCAAAGCAUCAUCUUCACGCUCGAUAAUCCUCGCGCGACGAGUUUGUGAAUAGAUGGACAGUGGGACGAUCAAUUAUCCAGAAAAAUGAACCACCAAUCGAUACAAGCUGUAGAAGCCUGGCAAAGAAACCUUUGCUCGAUGAGAUUUUUGUCUAUGUAUGGUGAUCUAGUACAAAAGUGGAAUACAACAGACUUGAUCAACACGUCGCGGAGCUGCAUAGCAACCUGAAGCCAGCAGGAGAUUGAU